AUGGAUUGUGACAUCAUAGUAGUGGAAAGAUCACCUAAAGGUAGAUUCAUAAGGGAUAAAGAAGAGCUUGGCUGCGGUGCCCAAAAGAAAGUUUACAAAGCCUACGACCUCGAGCGUGGCAGCGAAGUCGCCUGAAACGCUGUCAACUUAUACGCGAUCAGUGAAAAACGCCGCAAGCUCCUGACAGAAGAAAUCACACUAAUCAAAAUGUUAGACCACCCGAACAUCUUAAAAUGUCGAGGCGCCUGGGUUGCUUCAGGCCAGUGCAUUUUUAUCACCGAUCUCUGCACCGGUGGUUCUUUGAAAUCCUACAUGAAAAAAAUUCGUUCGCCAAGACGCCGUGUGAUUAAAAACUGGUGCAAGGGUAUUUUAGAAGGCUUAAGCUACUUACAUACUCAAAACCCUCCAAUUGUCCACAGAGACAUCAAAUGUGAAAACAUUUUCCUGGACUCCACAACCGGGAACGUCAAAAUUGGUGACCUCGGGCUUUCAACAGCUUUAUCGACCUCUCAGCGAAGUUUUAAAGGAACUCCAAGCUUCAUGGCCCCUGAGAUGUACGAGGACAGGUACGGGCCUGGCGUUGACAUCUACUCAUUUGGAAUGUGCGUACUUGAAAUGUGCACAAUGCAAAAUCCGUAUUCGGAAUGCCAGAAUGCCGCAGAGCUUUUUAAAAAGGUGAUGAGCCACAAGUCACCGGAAGCGCUGCAUAGGAUUAAAGACUCACAAAUUGUGGAGUUCAUCAAGCAGUGUUUACUUCCAGCUGAUUCACGUCCAACAGCUGAAGAGUUACUGAGAAGCGACUUUUUGAACUCAGAGUCGAAAAUUGAUAGGGAGCCAGUUUUGGUUGAUAACAGUGUGGUGCUACAGUCUGUGGCAAUUAGUAUGAGUCUUGCAAAUUAUUUGCAAGGCCCACAAGCAAUUACUUUUGAGUAUUUUUUCAGUAAAGAUACUCCGGAAGGAAUUGCGUUGGAAAUGAUCCAAGAAUUUCAAAUUAGGAAGUCAUUUUUGCCGAUGCUGACUGCGCAAAUUACACAUCUUAUCGAUAGUAAAGUAAGGACUGUGCCUGGCUUGAGAAGCCAGCAGGAAGUUAAACUGAUAGAGAUUUAG